AGGAAGCGCGAAUAAUUCGUGUUGCUCAAGCCGGAAGUAGUCUUCGAGAGUCACAUUGAAGACCAAAACCCCGGUCAAAGAUAAUAAGGUCCGGCGACCAGCCAACUAAUUCCAGAUGACUUUAUUUCGAUGAUCAUUAACCAUGUUUACUUCAAAACUUGUCCCCCGUCUAUUACGUAGAGCAACAUGUGCAUUUCAAGCCCAUGGAGAAAUUUUGAAUGGAUGUGUACAACCUGCCUACUGCUCUUCACUGCAACACAAACUUAGAAACUACGCAACAGCAGCAGACAACACACCUCCUCCUCGAUGGGUACAACUGGAGCCAGAACUGGAAGAGGCUCUUGUGCCACGUAAAUUGUCAGUAAGUCCUCUGGAGAGCUGGCUCUCCCUGCGCUACUCCCUUCCUCCCCUGCUGGAGUCCGCUCAGCCGCAGGAGGACGUAGAGCUGCUGGAAGAGAAGGUGCUGCCCCCCCUUUCUGUUCCUGUUAUGGAGGACGGGGAGGGUUCAGCAACACCCCUUAGUUGUAAGAAUGUUCUGAAGAUCCGACGACGGAUGAUGAACCGUCAUAAAUACAGGAAGCUGCAAAAACGGACUAAAUUCUUGAGGAAGAGAGUGAUGGAGGGCAGGGGAAAGAAGAAGCAGAAACUAUUUGAGAAGGAUCUGAAGAGGAUUUGGAAACGAGCUGGACUGAAGAAGGCUCCAGAGGGAUGGCAUGCACCUCAGAUCUUUAUCAAACAUCAUGGAAACAAAAGGGACUGAGAGACACUGGCGAUGAUUCAAGUUUGUGUUGCAUCUCUGGACACCACACCAUCAGUUUACUCUGUGCUUUGCAGCUUAAUUGAAGUGUGUUUCAGUGAUGAAGACAUAGUCCCUAUGUGUACAAUUAUUUUUAACACAGUGUACAUAAUCUAAUAAAGAUCGUUCUCUGUCAAGCCGU